UCUUGUAGAUGGAUGAUAUACACACCACUGGCGUUGCGUUUGCUGGCACGUUGCAAGAGCUCCUUCGUGGUUCUGAAGAAUUCUGGUUGUGGCUGACUUACCUGGGUGACCCCGGCACUGUCUUUCUCCUGUACUUUCCUCUGGCAUACGCCCUCCAGCACAGACUGGGAGUGACUGUUCUGUGGUUAGGCGUAAUCUGCGAGUGGCUGAAUCUGGUAUUUAAAUGGUUUCUCUUUGGAGAGCGUCCAUUUUGGUGGGUCCAUGAAUAUGGCUUACUUUAUGGUCACAAGCUCAGGCAGUUCCCUUCCACCUGUGAAACUGGUCCUGGAAGCCCUUCAGGACACUGCAUGAUUACAGGAGCAGCUCUCUGGCCCAUGGUAAUGUUCCUCACCAACAACUCAAAAAGUUUUAUCUUUAACAGGGGCAUUCACCGCUAUGUUCCUCUCCUGUUGUACAUUUUGCUGAUGUCAGGAAUUGCCAUUUCUAGGCUCCUCAUCCUAGCACAUUUUCCUCACCAGGUCCUGGCUGGGAUUCUUUCUGGUGUGCUGUUAGGAUACAUCUUGAAUCGUAGCGUUCCCCAUGACCGCAGUUUUAUGUUUUAUACGCUGGCUUCUCUGUUCCUGCUGCUCGGGGCUCUUCUUGUAUACUGGGGAAUGAGUGCAUUUGGGGUGGACCUUUCUUGGUCCAUUCACCUGGCCACUAAAUGGUGUUCUAAAUCAGAAUGGAUCCGCCCAGAGACAAGACCAUUUUCUUCCGUUACUAGGAGUUCUGGGAAUGCCCUGGGAUUGGGAUUUGCCCUUUGUUGUCCUCUCUACCAGAAGUUGCAUAGAAAACCUCCAGGCUGGCGUGAUCGAAGCAUUUCUCUACUACUGUCUGUCCUCUUCCUGAAACUCCAACAAUCUCUUCCACUACCUAUAUCCCCACCUCUCCUAUACUACUCACUGAACUUCCUGCGCCAUGCUCUCUGCCCCUUGGUUGUCAUUAUUCUGGCUCCAUACUUGGUUAGGGGGCUUGACUCAGAGGGAACGCACAAGAGAGACUCAUGA